AUGAUUCCGACGUAUUAUUAUUAUAUUUUUGUUAUAACUUAUGCUCUAUUUUUUUAUUCUAUUAUAGCCUUGGCUUUGUGUGACUGGUCACAACUGCAACAGAGGCGAAGAAACUUAGCACGACGACAUUGUUCUCCUCGAGAAGCAUCCUCCUACUUCAACAAGAUGUCUGAGAUAGGAAGCCUUGAAAUUGAUCAGUUACUGGACCAGCUAAAUAAAAUAUCUCCAGGAAAUCCAAUCGACAUAAAACCAUUAAUUCUAAAAGCUAGCGCCAAUAUGUUCUGUCAAUAUAUGUGUUCAGUUCGGUUUAAUUAUACCGAUAAAGAUUUUCAAAAAGUGAUUGAAUACUUCGAUGAAAUCUUUUGGGAAAUUAACCAGGGCUAUUUAUUUGAUUUUUUACCUUGGCUGAUUCCAUUUUAUACAACUCACAUAAAAAAAAUAACGCACUGGUCAACUACUAUACGAAAAUUUAUAUUAGAUAAAAUUGUCGAUUGUCGAGAAAGUAACAUAAAUUUAGAGGAACCUGACAAAGAUUUCACUGAUGCUCUGCUAAAAAGUUUAAGAGAAGACCAGAAUGUGUCCCGUAAUACAAUAAUUUUUAUGUUAGAAGACUUUAUUGGAGGGCACACAGCAGUUGGGAAUUUGGUAAUGUUGGUUCUGGCAUACAUAGUUAAAAAUCCUAUAAUUGGUGAGCUUAUAAAGCAGGAGGUAGAUUUUGUUUCGAAUUAUGGAGUAAGGAGUAUUAGUCUUUAUGAUAUGAAUAAAAUGCCAUAUACCAUGGCGGUAAUUUUAGAGGUUCUACGACAUUCAUCAUCUCCUAUUGUUCCUCAUGUAGCAAUGGAAGACACAGUUAUAUCGGGAUUUGGUGUUACCAAGGGGACAAUCGUUUUUAUAAAUAAUUUUAUAUUAAAUAUAAACGAAAAUAACUGGAAAUAUCCUGAUCAAUUUGAGCCGCAGCGGUUUCUAGAUAUAAAGCAUACAGAUGACAGAACCAAUGUCUUGGUGGGACCAGAGUCCAGUGCAGAGCUUUACAAAAAAAGAGACAAACAGUGCGGUUUCAAUAAGUUAGGCAAAAUUAUAAAAAAAAAUUACAACAAUUUAAAUGAUGCAUAUGUUUUUCAGCUUAAGAAAUGUAUUCCACAUUUCUUACCGUUCAGUGUCGGUAAGCGCACAUGUCUUGGAAAAAAUCUGGUUCGAGGGUUCGGAUUUCUUUUACUUGUUCAUAUUAUAAAAAAUUACAAUGUGAAUAGUGCGGACUUUUCAAAAAUUAAAUUACAAAAAUCCAGUGUGGCCCUGCCAAAUAAAUGUUUUCAACUAUUAUUGCGCCCAAGAAAAUAA